CCUCUUCCCCGGGAGCAGCAUGGGGUGCGCCUGACUGUAGCCCCGUCCCGGAACCCAGCAUGCGAGAGUGGUGGAUUCAGGUGGGCCUGCUGACCGUGCCCCUUAUUGCUGUGUACUUGCACAUUCCGCCCCCUAAGUUAUCUCCGGCUCUGCACUCAUGGAGGACAUCAGGAAAGUAUUUCACUUACAAAAAACAGAACAUCUUUUACAGAGAUUCCUCCGGUGCCAUCGGCAGCUCGGACGUUGUGGUUCUCUUGCAUGGCUUUCCUACCUCCAGUUAUGACUGGUGCAAGAUCUGGGAAGGGCUGACCGAGCGAUUUCAUAGAGUGGUCGCACUCGAUUUCAUUGGGUUUGGCUUCAGCGACAAACCUAGGCCACAUCGCUAUUCCAUCUUUGAGCAGGCCAGCAUUGUGGAAGGGCUACUGAGUCAUUUGGGUCUCCAGAACCAGCGGGUCAAUCUUCUGUCUCACGACUACGGGGACACGGUGGCCCAGGAGCUGCUCCACAGAUAUGAGCACAACAAAACGGGGCGGGUUCUUAUCAACAGUCUGUGCCUGUCGAAUGGAGGAAUUUUCCCAGAAACACAUUAUCCCAGGUUCAUCCAGAAGAUUCUCAAAGAUGGUGGCCUUCUAUCGCCCAUCAUUACCCGGUUAGCAAACUACUACUUCUUUGCGAGAGGGAUCGGGGCCGUUUUUGGCCCUUACACCCAGCCUUCAGAAGCGGAAUAUUGGGACAUGUGGACAGCAGUCCGAACAAACGAUGGGAACCUUGUGUUCGAUAGUAUUUUACAGUUCAUCAACCAACGGAAGCAACACCGAGAUCGUUGGGUCGGGGCUUUGAAAUCCACUUCUGUUCCCUUACAUCUGAUUUAUGGGCCGCUGGACCCUGUUAACCCGCAUCCUGAAUUUCUUCAGCUCUACAAGCAGGAGCUUCCCAUGUCCACCGUGUCUGUGCUGGACGACCACAUCAGCCACUACCCCCAGCUGGAGGACCCCAUGGGUUUCUUGAACGCGUACUUGAACUUCAUCAACUCGUUCUGAACCACGGACUCGUUUCUCUUUUCACUCAAGAGGGCUAGGAAGCAGACUGAAUUCCUGAGGAUUCCGCCUUGCAACCAACACUCGAAAACGGUUGAAGCUCCUGCAUUUUGCAAGGGGGGGCGAUCAAAUCUCUUUAGGGGAGGACCAGAUGUGGCCUGCUGGCCGGCCCAGCUGCUCUUCUCCCGCCCCCUCCUCCAUGCUAGCAGAAACAGGAGAAGGAAACCUCUUCUCCUCCCCUGCCCUGCCAAGGUACUUUUCUGAUUCACCUGCCUCCCUUCCUUUAAAGGGCCUAGAGCACAUUCCACCUUUGGCAAGAGAACGUGCGCGCCCGUUUCUAAGGCUGGAUUGCCCAACUCCCUCCCUACAGCCAGGGUGGAGCCUCUUCUCUCAGGGGAGGGGGAAGGGAUCUGGACCACCCCUGAAGAAAGAGUCCGCUUUUUCGGGAGGCUUACUUCUCUGUUUCUUCUCCUGUGUUAUUUUAAAGUGUGUGUGUGGGGGGGGGGACAGGAUUAGCAGCUGAGAGGGGAGUAAGGAAAGUUACUCCCUUGGCUCCUUGACUUGAGACUGUGCUGAACGGGAGGUGCGCCAUCUCCUUUUGGUGGCAAGAGGAAAAAAAUGUUCUUUUGCCCCCAAAUGGGGGUCCGGAACUAGGGUAAAACAUGCUCUGGUGCACUCAGGCUUGGAGAGGGGGCCAGCUGUGGGGGCCAAAGGCACAGCCUGAUGAGCCCAACCUGCUUGCCAUUCCCCUGAGCAUCUGCGCCAAGGCCCUCCUGCAUGGACACGGGCGGGUUUGCCGUCCUGCUGCAUAGGUUUCCUGGAAAGCGGGGUGCAGGAUCCUGGCUCAGAGCCGGUGGCAAAACAGACCCUCCCUAUCCACAACGUGGAGCUGUCUGGCUGAACCGUGCGCCCAACUGUCAGCUCCUGCAGGCACGGCAUUGUGCCACAUCCAGACUGCUUAGAGGGCAGGAGAAGGAUGGCGAAGAGAGCGGUUCUUUCGCAAGUUAAGAGUCUGCCUAAUGACGCCUCUUUACUUCACCAUGUGGAGGGAGGGAGCAAAGGAGAGACUUAAGGCUGCGAGUUUUCAGUGGAGG